UCAAAGCCAGUCCCCCAUCACAUAUCGAUGCUUUAAAGGGCACUGAGAUGAGCAAUAUCAUAAUACUACAGCUAACAUGGAAUUCCUCCUGAUUCUGGCACUGCUGUUAUUCAGCAUCACUCGCAGUUGCUGCUUAGAGGGCAAUGGAACACAUUCAGAUGUUUUAGCCCCACAGGAGGUGAGAUUUGUGUCCCUGGACUACAAAAAUAUAUUGCAUUGGAAACAACAUGCCAAUUCUACCAACAACCAACAAUAUUAUGUCCAGUGGAAAGUCUAUGGGAAGAAACACUGGACCAAAGCAGCGAAGUGCCAGGGCAUCAGAAGGCUGCACUGUGACCUGAGCCAGGAGACUUCGGACCCCAGGGAAUGGUACUACGCCAGGGUCCUCGCUGCCCACUCAGGUUUCCAUUCGCCAUGGGUACUAACUGCCAGAUUCAACCCCAAAUGGGAGACCUCUGUCAGCCCACCAACGGUAAAACUCCGUGUAACGGAGAAAGGAAUUGUGGUUCAACUCAAGCCUCCACGCUCUGCCCACCGGAGACUAAAUGGCAGCUGGAUCAGUAUGAGGAGACUGCAACGAAUGUCAUACACAGUAUAUAUCAUGCACAACGAUGUUGAUCAGAAAACAUUGGAAAUCGAGAGCUGUGCCAAACAGUUCCUGAUUUCAGACCUGAGCCGCAGGACCACCUACUGCCUGCAGGCAGAGAGCCGUCUGCACCUGCUGGACCGCAGGAGCCCCCUGAGCCCCAAGGCUUGUGUCACGACACUAUGAGGGCCAGGGUCCAGCAGCUUCUUCCAGGGGAUCAUGUAGCCCAGCAUUUCUCUGCUAAACAGGAAACUCAGCAUGACAAUGUGACAACCCAGUGGGUCCGGAAGUAUAUAAUGAUUUAAUCACUUACCUCAGGCAGUACACAGGAGCACACUUUAGGAUCGUUCAUAUUUCCUUAAAUGGUAUACUUUGGUGCCAGAAGUUAUACAUAAAACCAUGAGUAGGCGGGAAUAACAUGCAAUCGUAUUUGUUCAGAUGACAUUUGUAAGUAAUCAAUGAAUGAAAUAAAUAAGUCAUUUGAAUAAUGUCCUUCUUGCACAGGUCUUAGAAGCACUUAUGUUGAAGAUGCAUUACCGUUCAAAAGUUUGGGGUCACUUAGAAAUGUCCUUGUUUUUGAAUUGAUCAGAAAUACAGUGUAAACAUUGUCAAUGUUGUAAAUAACUAUUGUAGCUUGAAACUGAUGAUUUUCAAUAGAAUCAAUACAAUAUCUACAUAGGUGUAAAGAAGCCCAUUAUCAGCAACCAUCACUCCUGUGUUCCAAUGGCAUGUUGUAUAUUCAAGUUUAUCCUUUUAAAACUCUAAUUAAUCAUAAGAAAACCCUUUUGCAAUUAUGUUAGCACUGCUGAAAACAAUUUUUCUGUUUAAAGAAGCAAUAAAACUAGCCUUCUUUAGACUAGUCCAGUAUCUUAAGCCUCAGCAUUUGUAGGUUUGAUGACAGGCUCAAAAUGUCCAGAAACAAAGAACUUUCUUCUGAAAGUCAUCAGUCUGUUCUUGUUCUGAGAAUGAA